AUGGUAGGCUGGGCUCGAUCCGUUGUGAUCGGACUCUGCACCUCACAGGCGGUUGAAGCAGCAGGCCUCAAUGGCAAAUCUAUGCCUUUGGAUCUCAGCACGCUCAUGAACAACAAGGGAUUCGGACGCAAACCAUUGGAGGCGGCCUUUGAUGUCAAAAACGACUCCUACCCAGACCCAGGCUUCAAAAGCAAGGUCUACACGUCUGCCCAAACCGGCAUCGAGUACAGCUUCCCCGGAUACACUGGGGCCGGGAAUCCUGACAAUGUCAUCUGCGCCGGGCAGACGAUCCCCGCACCGUCUGCCGACAAAGGAUCCUUUUUCAGUGCUUCAUUCCUGGUGGCGGGUGACUUGGAGACCGCCAGUGUGUCCAAGAAUGUGACCUUCACCUACACGGAUAACACCACGUCCCUGUACGAGCUGCGGUCCCUGUCCUUCUUCAACUUCCUGACCAUCAACCGCGGAGAAAUCAUCCUGCCGAACCGGUACACGGGGCAUGGAGGGGUCAACUACAACACGACGCACAUCUUUGAGCGUUCCGCCGCCCUCACCCCCGGCAAACAGCUCGCCUCCAUCACCCUCCCGACCACGACCAACGUCUCCGAGAGCAGGCUGCACAUAUUCUCCAUCAGUCUGUACAGCGGCUCGGCCGUCGAGGUCCAGAGCUUGCGCCCCACCCAGAAGUGGUGGGACAAUGACACGCAGGUCGUCGAGGUCACACUCAACAAUGCCGGCUCCGAGUGCGUCUCAGGCAAGGGGUUGACGGUUGAGCUCACCGGCGAUGGAUUCACAACUGUGCGUCCGGGAGUUGUUCAGCGCUUGUGUCCGGGUGAUCAGCAAAAAGCCUAUGUUGGUGUCAAGGGUGGAACGGCAAAGCCUGUAGAUGUGGUUGCGCAUGUUAAAGAUGGCAAGACAGAGCAGAGCAAGACUUUCUCCAAUGUUGAGGUGGGCUUGACCGAGUGGACAUCCGACUCUUCAAGCUUGGCCAAGCAUGAGUCGCCUGAGUGGUUUGAUGAGUCCAAGUUUGGCAUCUUUUUACAUUGGGGACCCUACGCGGUCACAGGCUGGGGAAACUCGACCCCCUAUGAGAGCUACGCGGAAUGGUUCUGGUGGUACUCUACACAUCCUCCCCCAGCGGACCGUUCGGGAUUCAGAGAACAUCGGUUGAGAACCUACGGCAAAGACUGGGCCUACGAUGAUACCUUCCCGGAUUUCACGGCAGAUAAAUACGACCCCAAAGAGAUUGUCGAUCUCAUCGCCGACGCAGGAGCAAAGUACUUUGUCCUUACCACCAAACACCACGAUGGAUUUGCAAUCUUUGACGCGGGCAAGACGUCGAACCGCACAUCCUUGCACUACGGCCCCAAGCGCGACCUGCUGGGCGAACUUUUCGAGGCUGCCGCAAAGUACCACCCAACCAUGAAGCGAGGCACGUACUUCUCGUUGCCCGAGUGGUUCCAUCCGGACUGGGCCAAGUACGGCUUCGACCAGUUCAACAGGACGGAGAAUCCCGGCACGACCUCGUGGACGGGCGGUCUGGCCCUUAACCCCUACACUGGCGUCAAGGAGCCAUACACAGGCUACAUACCCGUCAACGACUAUAUAUCAGACCUCCAAGUCCCGCAGAUGGAGACGCUGGCGUACAAGUACGGCACCGACAUCAUGUGGUGCGACUGUGGGGCGUCCAACGGCACCGCAGAGUUUGCCGCGCGCUGGUGGAACGAAGCUCGCAAGCAGAACCGCCAGGUCGCCAUCAACAGCCGCUGCGGGACGGCGCACGCGGCCGACUUUGACACGCCAGAGUACCAGACUUUUAGCAGCGCGCAGGACUUCAAGUGGGAGUCGAACAGGGGCAUGGAUCCAUACAGCUAUGGGUAUAACCGCGCCACUAAGGACGAGGAGUACAUGAACGCGACGACGAUUGUGCACACGCUCGUGGACAUGGUCUCGAAGCACGGGAACUUUCUGCUCAACAUCGGACCCAAGCCCGAUGGAACCAUUGCGCCAAUCAUGGCCGAUAACCUGAGAAUCGCCGGGCGGUGGAUCAAACGACACGAAACCAGCAUUUACAACACGACGUACUGGUAUCCCUUGAGCCAGAUCGUGGGCAGCGGUGACGGUGCUACUCCGGACGUGAGGUUUACGCGGGCAAAGGAUGCCUUCUAUACGCUGUUUCUGGAAAAGCCCAAGAUUGGUGGCGAUGGCUAUGUGACCAUACCCGCGGCGGUGCCUGUUCUUGAGGGUGAUGAGGUUAGCUUGCUCGGUGUCGGGGGAGGCGAGAAGCUUGACUUUAAGAUCACAGGAUCUCCGGGAGGACAAGGCGGUGAAAAGAGCUUGAAGAUCAAAGUUGACCAGACGGUAUUGGACAAUGAGGACAUCUGCUGGGUUUUCAAGAUCAAAUAUGUAGCAUAGAAGCUAGGACACAGAAGGGACAUAAGAUAAACAGUAUCCUCCUACCUGCCUGC